AUGCUAUUUCUUUUAGUCAACUCUGCAAUUUCAGAAACAACUCCAGGUGGCAUACCUUCAGACAAGUUUCCUGAUAUACUUAAAUCGAUUUAUACUAACUAUAAUGGCACUUAUUUUGCAUCAGGAGCUGCCGCCAUUUCAUAUCAGGGCAAAAAGAUCUACGAAGAUGUAAUUGGCUAUCAAGAUAUCUUACAACAGAAAAAUGCAACGCUUCAAACUCUCUACGAAUGGGGUUCAACUACAAAAUUGUUGACACACGUUGGAAUAAUGCAGUUAUACGAGAAAGGCAAAGUUAAUUUCGAAGAAGAUAUCGAAACAUACUUAGGCAAAGGAUUUUUCAAGCAUAAAAGCAAAAAUGACAAAAUCACAAUUUUAAACUUGAUGCAUCAUGACGCAGGCUGGGAUGAAACAAUCGAUUCUCCGAUAUUACCACACAGUACAUCUGACGAAGACCCCGAAGACUCAAUCAAACGCAUGGAACCAAGAUCUUAUUCAAAACCAGGCCAAUUUGUUGGAUAUUCUAACUUCGGUGUAGCUGUUGAAGGUCUUAUCAUCGAGAAAGUAUCAGGCGUUAAAUAUUGUGACUACAUCAAGCAAAAUAUUUUUGAUAAACUUGGAAUGACACAUUCAUCAAUUGAUCCAUCACGCAAAGACAUUUCAUCCAAUGAAUUCUCUAAUUUAGCAUCCGGUUACGCGACAGUCGAUGGCAAACUGAAAUAUCAAGAUCCAACUUCAGUUUUUCUCGCUCCUGCAGGUUCCUGCAUUAGUACAAUUGGUGAUUUAAGUAUAUUUGCAAACAGUAUCACACCAGUACAAGGCGUUGAAUGCCCUCUUUUCGAGAAAAACGAUACACUUGAAUUAUUUUUGAAUAAUUCUAAAAUUAUUUCACAAGGUUCACCAGGAAUCAGUCAUGGCUUAUGGGAAGAGUAUUAUACGAACAAAAUCCUUGGUUUAGAGCACUUAGGAAACACUCCAGGGCAAAGUGCAGUUAUCAGUAUUUUACCAAAAGAAGGAUGGAAUUAUGUUGGAUUUGCAAAUACUUAUGCUGAUUUCUUGAUGACAUAUUCAUUCCAUAGAUAUAUUUGGGGACUUUAUACACCUAUUUCUAAUAAUUCAAUACCUAAUGAUGCAGCCGGAUAUUAUCAAAACAACAGAAUUGUUCAUUCUGGAUUUUUAAGUCAUAUUACUUUGUUGAAUUCUCUUAUUGAAAUCAAAAUUGAUGCUUCUAAGAAUCAUAUAUUAAUGGAUGGAUAUCCUUUCAAUGUUUCAGAUAUUAACUUGUAUUCAAGAAGUGAUUUGACACCUAAUAAAAACGUUGGAACAUAUCAUUUGAGUUUUACUUUUAAUGAAAAAGGUGAAAUUAAUGGUUUAUAUACUUAUUGUACAGGAUUCAAGAAAGUUCCAAAGAAUGUCAACAGAAAUAUCACUAUUUUCUGUGGUAUAAUUAAUAUUUGUUUCUUUGUUUCAUUCGUACCGAUAAUUGGCAUUUUAAUUAUUGCUUGCAUUUACAACAAAAACAUUUUGGCAUCGAAACAUUUCAAGUACAUUGUUUUGACGUUUUUAAUUGCUGCAGAAUGUAUUGCAGAACCAUUAGUUUUGAGAACAACAAACACUAUUAAAUCAGCAAUACAUUUGAAACAUAAUUUAUUCCAUGUUCUUAUUUCUUUGUAUAUAAUUGUAAGUGUAAGAAUCCUUUGCUCUAUCUUUACUUUGUGUUUCUUGAUUUAUAAUUAUUGCAUUCAUAGAAAACAUGAAUCAAUAGAAUCAAUGACUGUUUUCGAAUCAUUGAAUAUAAUAACUGAUGAAGCUUACUCUGGAAGACCAAUUCCUUUCAGACCAAACUUAUGCUGCUCUUUCAUUGUUUUUACUUCAUUAUUCUUGGCAAACGCAAUAAGUUUUACACUGAUUGCUUGUGAUAUAAUUAUUGAUAUUUACAGACUCUAA